AUGCCUUCAAUCGCAAGGAUUCACAAGCGCCAUGUUUAUGGGAAAGAUGCCCAUACAUAUUACCCGGUGCUCAUUAUCGGCGCCGGGGAAUCGGGGGUAGCGAUGGGAUGCCGCCUCAAAGAAGUCCUGGGAAUAGAUCAAUUUCGAAUUUUUGAGCGGCAAUCGGGUAUUGGAGGUACUUGGUGGAUCAACCGGUAUCCUGGUGCUGCGUGUGAUGUUCCAGCGGUACUUUACUCUUUUUCCUUCUCUCCCAAGACGGACUGGUCCACACUACACCCACCCGGUGCAGAACUUGCACAGUAUUUCGCAGAUGUAUGCGAAAAAUAUCAGAUUGUCGACAAGAUCCAAUUUCACACUGAUGUGAAGGAGCUCAGAUGGGUGGAAGAAGAUGAGGAAUGGGAGGUUAUUCUUUCUCAUCUGGUUCCAGGAACAGGUGAUCUCUCUCAGCAUGAGCGUGAUCAGCUGGCUGAAAAGGAAGGCCUGCACCGUGUGUACAUCAAAACUGAAAUGGUGCGGGCUAAGAUUGUUGUGAGCGGCGUAGGAGGACUAGUUGAGCCCAAUACAUGGCCAAAGGGCAUUCCAGGCAUUGAGGAAUUCCAAGGCGAGGUCACGCAUACCGCUAGAUGGAAUAGCGAUAUCGACUUCCGGGAUAAAGAUGUCAUUGUGGUGGGCUCUGGCUGCAGUGCAGCCCAAGUCAUCCCCAGUCUGGUGAACGAAGGCAAUGUUCGCUCUAUCACACAAAUAAUGCGAACCCCUCCUUGGGUACAGCCAGAUUUAUUACCAUCCAAUGUCCUCGCUUGGUAUGAAAAGUGGAGUCCGACCUUGAUGACCAACGUCCCUGGUCUUGCACGCUUGAUGCGUAACUAUGUUUUCUGCGGCGCUGAGAGAAACUGGUUCUCUAUGUUCCCCGACACUCCCUAUAGUCAUCGGAAAAAACCAGAGAUCGAGAAGAGAUUCAUGGACAACAUGCUCUCCCUCACGCCGGAGAAAUACCAUGAGAUUCUCACUCCAAACUAUCCCCUCGGUUGCAAACGCCGCAUUAUCGACGAUUCUUGGUAUAAAAGUUUGAAUUCGCCAAUUGUUGAGCUCACAACGCAGCCGUUGAGUCAGAUACCGGCCGAUGUGAUUAUCUUGGGAAAUGGAUUUGAGACUAACAAAUGGCUACAUCCACUGAAAGUUGUUGGAAAAGAAAAGAAGGAUAUGCAAGAUUAUUGGGACGAACGUGGCGGUGCGCAAGCAUAUCUUGGAAUUGCCAUGGAUCAUUUCCCAAAUUUCUUCAUGCUCUUUGGUCCAAACACAGCUACGGGUCAUACCAGCGUGAUAUUUGCCACAGAAAAUGCCGUGAACUAUUCAUUGAAGUUCAUCAACCCCAUUUUGGAUGGUCAGAUAAGUUCAUAUGAGAUCAAGGAGUCGGCAGAGCGGGCAUGGACGAAGCAGGUGCAGAACCAACUACAGAAGACAGUCUUCCGGCGAGGUGUGUGCUCAAGUUGGUAUAGUACCGCAGACGGUUGGAACUCCAGCACUUACCCGUGA